AUGUUGGAAUUUGCAACAAUGUUAAGUUAUUGUUGCUUUUUUAAAAAUGAAAAUGUCCCUGAGGGAACUCAAGACAAUUUAACAACAAAUCAUACAACCUUUAAUGUUUUUCAUUUUUUGGGUGCUAGAGAAACCAUUCAAAACUAUCAAAAUAAGUUUAAAGAAAAACAACAACAAUUAUUAUCAACAAAUCAAAAACCUUCACUUAUUUUAUUUUAUGAGAUUAAAAAUAUUCCUCAAAAUAAUAUUUUGAAAAAUCCAACAGAACCAGAACCAACAACAAAUUUAUUAAAUGAUUUUAAUAAAGGUCUAAUUUCUCUAAUUGUAAGAUUACAUAAUGGUCCGGAAAAUUUUUUCAAUUUGUAA